AUGUGUUCAUCAUCCUCUUCGUCGCGCCGCCGCCGCUGCCGCCUCGGCCCCUGGAGGCGAGGUGAUCGUUCCCCCGCCCUGUCCCGCGCAGCGCUGCGGCUCCUGCCCAAAGCCGGGCGGAGAAGGAGACUGGCCGCUGCGGUUUUCUGUGCGACUUCUUUGGAUUUCCCCACAAACGCGCUGAUAGUUCGGACGCGGGUUCGGGCUGGUUUUGCUGCGUUUUAUUGCGUUUUAUUACUAAUUAAAAAGCUUUCGUUCGCCGUCGCCCCAGAGCGCUCUCCUCCCGAACUCCCCUCGGUCCCCGCCCGCACCCCGAGCUCGCGGAGGGGGUGUCGGGGCCAACGCGCCAGAACCCGGCUCCUCCGAAGCCCCCGCCGGCCGCCGCCCCCCGCGGGCCUCCCGCCCCCGCCCCUCCCCCUCACCCCCACCCCAUGGCUGCAGCUUCGGGCUCCGCGGCUCAAAAACAAACAGCCGAGGCGCCGCCAGCUCCGUGCUCUGCCACCGCCCGGGACGCCGAGCGGCGCUGGACCCGUCGGUCCUCGGUCGGGCGCGGUGGCUGAGGGCAGCGCGCCCCGCGUCGGGGGGCGGCCGUACCAAGGCCAGACGUCUUGCCCCGGGGUGUCCCGCACCUCUGCGCCUCCGGGGUGGGCCCAUGCGCUCCGGUCUCCGCGCCCCGUUGGGCUGCGGCUGCGGCCCCCAGCCUCCAGACUCGGAGCUCAAGCCGGCGAGGGGCCUGGCCGGGCAAGAGCAGGGUGGCCCCAACUAAGAGGCCUAAUGGGCCAGCUGAGGAGGGCUGCAGAACCAGAACAGAUCACUUCUGGGGACUGGAGAAGGACCAGAAGAGGGUCCUCGGUCACUUAGGGAGCUCUGAUUCCCUAAGUUCCUGCCUACUCCUGUGUCUACAAGGUCCCUUGGCUUAGCCAGGCCUCCUAAAGGAAACCAGCUUCUGGAGAAGUACAGUGGUCACCUUUAUCCCUCUCAGACCCCCCCAGGGGGCAGAGAUUCACUGCAGACCCUUGUGCCUCCUUGCUAGAUGUGCUUACCCCCACAGUGUCCUGUUAUCACCCGCCCCUUUUUUCCCUCUAUACUCAUGAAACUCUUCCAUGCGCUCCAGAAUUCAGCCUCCACGUGCUCAGUCCAGACAACCUCUGCUACCCGUUGUGGAGCCUGUACGGUAGCAAAGAAAUAAAAACGCCAAAAACAC